GAACACUAUAUAUUAAGCAGAUGCAGACAGAAAGGAACUCAUCAAUCUCAAUUGUACAUUAACCAAAACUUUCAAGGUCGUCUGUUCUAUCUCCUCUCAAAUCAUAAAGAAGAAAUGGCUUUCCACACUCGCUCUAACAGCUUCCCCUCAAGGCCACACGUGAUCGUUCAUGAAGCCGAUCAACACUUGUGCAGAUUGAGGUCUUCUGAGGCCACCUGCACAUCAUCAUCAUCUAUCAGCGACAAGCUAAGUGGCCUCCAAGACUUGCAUUAUUGUACGGAGAAUUUGCUUCAGUUGCCCCUCUCUCAACAGGCCUUGUCCCAAGAGCAGAAUGACAAAUAUGCUAAUGAGCUAUUAGAUGGCUCUAUCAGACUCUUGGAGGUUUGUGGCACUGCCAAGGAUUCCCUGUCGCAAAGCAAGGAAUGCAUACAGGAUCUUCAGUCAAUCAUAAGAAGGCGGGGAGGUGAAUCUGCACUCACAAGUGAGGUCAGGAAAUACAUGGCCUCUAGGAAGAUGGUGAAGAAGGCAAUCCACAAGGCUAUGGUAAAUCUGAAGGGAAUGAAAAAUAGAUCAGCUUUCUCUUCCCUCAACAACGACAAUGAGACAGUUGCCAUUAUUAGCAAGUUGAGAGACGUUGAAGCAGUCACUCUCGCAGUCUUUGAAUCACUUUUGUCCUUCAUUUCUGGGCCAAAGUUACAGCCAAGUAGCUGGUCAUUGGUCUCAAAGAUGAUGCAGUCGAAAAGAAUGGCUUGUAACGAAGAAACAGAAGGCAAUGAAUUUUCACUAGUUGAUGCUGCACUGCACAAAAGUGCAGAUAAAGCGCAGAACCAACUUGAGAAGCUAGAGUCGUGUAUUCAAGAGCAGGAAGAAGGACUAGAGUGCCUAUUUAGGCAACUCAUCAAAACAAGAGUCUCCCUCCUCAACAUCCUAAAUCACUAGAUGUUUAGUUCUUUUGAUUUCAUACAUGAAAAACAUACUUGUAUACAACUUCUCCCAGAAUAUACACAUUGAUAUACUUUCGUGUAAAAUUCUACAGCUCUUUAUUUUAUACUUCA